CCGCAGUCCAUGUCAGAAGCUGGGAAGACUCCUGUCCUCUCACUUUAAUCAGUUCUAUUUACCCCCAAGUUCAAUUUUGGCCAAAACAGCAAUUUGUGGAAAUGUUGACUUUGGGCAGAGGAUUCUGUAUCAUCACCGGAGCGUCGAAGGGGUUUGGUCGUUCACUGGCACAUGAGGUGUCCCACUUGCUGGAGCCAGGCUCCGUCCUCCUGCUGGUGGCUCGCUCUGGGUCUUUGCUGGAGGAGUUGAAGGAAGAGAUCUACAGCUUCACUGACAAACAGCAGCUGGCGGUUCACUGUGUCACAGCUGAUCUGAGCACACGGGAAGGAGUGACUGAAACAGUGAGGUUGGCAAAGCAGGAAGCGGUCAAUGAACUGGAUCAUGUGCUCUUAAUUAACAACGCUGGCUCUUUGGGUAACAUUUCCAGCUUUGGGAGUUUCACUGAUAUCGAAAAAGUGAAUUCCUAUCUCACGUUCAACGUGAGCUCAGCUCUGGCACUGACGGCUGGACUCCUGCAGGUGUUCCCGUGCAGGGCUGACCUGCGGUGGAGUGUGGUGAACAUCUCGUCAAUAUUUGCGCUGAAGGCCUUGCCUUCGUGGGUGCUGUACUGCACUGCUAAAGCAGCCAGGAUGAUGAUGUUCAGCGUGCUGGCCGAGGAGGAGCCAAAUAUCAAAGUCCUCAGCUAUUCUCCAGGUCCCAUGGACACGGAGAUGCAGGAGGAUAUUCAGAGGCAGUCAGGCAUCGCUUACAGUCUGUUUCCCUGCCACGUGUCUGCAGCCAAACUGAUGAAGUUGAUUCUCGACAAUGACUUCCCCUCAGGGAAGCACCUUGACUUCUUUGAAGUGUGACGUCAACGGAUAACUAAUUAUCAUAUAAUGUCAUUCUUUUUAAUAAAGUUAAAAACUCUGGG